CGACCGACCCCCUCUCUCAGACCAGUUGCUGCCUUGAUGGGCCCUUGAAGUGUCACACCCGGUCAGAUUGAACGGUCUGUGGCUGGUGAGCAUGAGCGGGUCGACCGCAUCAGCGGAGGCCACGCCUCCAGGGCCCGUACCGGACGAUUUAUACACGAAUGCGGUGGGUUUAGGGUGCGCGCUCGAGGCUUUUCAAGAAGCCCGGCAAGUGCAAGCUUGGAUUGAGGUGUUGGCCCAAGGGGCGGAGCGGGGCUUACCCGCCCAGUGGGAAUGGACCUACCAGCACUUCACCAUCGUGCUGGACUAUUACCAAGAACAACCCCAUUUGCUCGACCCGCAUUUGCCCCAUUUUCUCAGGCAGCUCUUGGCCAUCAUGCGGGCCAAUGCCGACCGGCCCGAGAUCUUGCACCAAGCCGCCGCAUUCACGGGCCACCUGGUCAAAGUCCGGCAGGCCAAAGUGGCCGUGCGGCACUUUCCCCAUGAAGUGGCCGAUGUCGAGCCCGUGUUAGCCCUCUUAAGCCAAGAACUACGGGCCGUGGAGCCGCAUUGGGAAACUGUGAAUGUGCUCUUACUUUGGAUGUCCAUGCUGAUCUUGAUUCCUUUCGACAUGAGCCGCUUUGACAGCGGGCAACAGGCCCUGACCUUGAAAAGACGCAUUUACCAAGCCACCCGCCAAUGUCUGCGGGUGGCCAAUCGGGCCCAAGAUGGGGCGGCCAUGUUGGCCUCCAAGUUCUUGACUCGCCCCGAAAUUGUGGUCGAGCUCUUGCCCGAAUUUUUCGACUGGGCCCUCACUCUGGCCCGUGACGCGCAGGCGGUCAACACGGCCAAAAUGGGGGCACUCAAGGCCUUGGCGGCCGUGUACAAGCAAGGCAAACGCCACGAUCUGCUGGCCUUCACGCCCCGCCUGCUGAAAGCCAUACUGGCCUUGGACCUGAAGCACAAUUUGAGUGCUUGGCUGCGCAAAUUGAAUCUCAAGGUCAUCCAACGCUUUGGGUUGAUCUUUUUGAAAGCCCGUGUGGCUGCCUGGCGGUAUCAACGGGGCAAUCGGUCCUUGGCCUUCAACCUGCAACCCGAUCAGAGUGGUAUGUUGACGGGUCAGAAAGAGAAUCUGGAACUCCAUCCGGAUGACGGGGGGGAGGAUGACUAUGACAUCCCGGAUGAGAUUGAGGACGUCAUUGAAGAGCUCCUGAUAGGACUCCGGGACAAGGACACGGUCAUUCGAUGGUCGGCCGCUAAAGGCAUUGGUCGAAUCACCAAUCGUUUACCCCAGGAAUUGGCCGAUGACGUGGUCGGGUCUUUGCUGAAGCUGUUCUCCCUCCGAGAAUCCGACGGAGCUUGGCACGGAGGAUGUCUGGCCUUGGCCGAACUCGGUCGCCGCGGCCUUUUGUUGCCUCAGCGACUCAAAGAAGUGGUCCGUGUUGUGCUAAAGGCCUUGGUCUACGACGAGAAGAAGGGCAGUUUCUCGGUGGGCUCACACAUCCGAGAUGCGGCCUGCUACGUUUGUUGGGCCUUUGCCCGAGCUUUUGACCCCGAAGUGCUUCGACCAUUCGUGGAUCAAAUCGCGAGUGCUCUGCUGACCGUGACCAUCUUUGACCGUGAAGUUAAUUGUCGUCGAGCCGCAUCUGCCGCAUUUCAGGAGAACGUUGGUCGACAAGGCACCUUUCCCCACGGGAUUGAGAUCUUGACGCAGGCCGAUUAUUACGCUGUGGGCAGUCGAAGCCACACCUACUUGGAAUUGAGUGUAUUUGUGGCUAAGUUGGGCAAUUAUCUCCCGGCUUUGGUGGACCACUUGAUCGAGAAGAAAAUCAAUCACUGGGACUCGGCCAUCCGCGAAUUAGCCGCAGAGUCCCUGCAUAAUCUGACGCCGAUCAAUCCAGACAUGAUGAAGAAGGAGGUGAUGUCCAAGCUUCUGAAAGAGGCCAAAGGUUCGGACCUUUUCGCCAAGCAUGGAAGCAUUGUGGCCAUUGGAUCCGUUUGCUUUGCCCUGGCCAAGGAUGCUCAGACGAAAGGCCAAACCUUACAAGAUGUUCUGGAACCGGGCACCAUCUCGGAUAUCAAGUCCGUGGGAAGUGCAUUAGUGGAAAAGCUCUCCUUGCGAAUGACCGGUGGCGACAUGUUACGCCAAGCAGUGACCAGUUACAUUAGUAAUUGCUCCAAGGCCAAAUUUCCCGUCCACCAAGACCAAACUGUUGAGCUUUGGCAUGCCAUUCUGACCGAGAACUUAUCCAACUCCGACCCCAUGAUCCAGGAUCAAGCCCGAGCCGCUGUUCCCAAUUUCUUGUCCGAGUAUCUCAAGGAUGUGAAGUCCGGAGAGCUUCUGCUAGAUAAACGUGAUGCCAUCCUGGACGAGUAUUUGCACGAGCUCGACUCGAGCGAAUUGCAUCGCCGAGGUUUUGCUAUGGCUUUGGGGGCGUUCCCGGGCUUCGCUUUGAGUGGUCGGGUCGGGGAUGUUUUGAAGAAGUUGAUCAAAUGCACCGAGAUCACGCCCAGUACAGAGAAAUGGGCGGAAGGUCGACGUGAUUCGAUUCUCGCUCUCACUUCGAUUGCACAGACCGUUGGGUUCUCAAGAGACACUGAUGGUGACAAACUCGUUCCAUCGACCGUGGUUCGUUUGUACCAGUGUCUCUUGGGUGGCUUCAACGAUUACACCCUUGACCGUCGAGGUGAUGUGGGUGCUUGGGUCCGAGAAGCGGCCAUGUCGUCCCUCUGUUCCCUGACUUUGGACUUGGUAGAUCUUGAGGCCGAUUUGGUUCCCGAAAUCUGCAUCCGAGACCUGAUGCCCCGCCUCGCUCAGCAAGCUAUGGAAAAAAUCGAUCGGACCCGGGGUCUGGCCACCAAACUCUUCGCCAGCUUGUUGUACCACGAUAAGCAAGUGCCUGGAAUCCCUCGGGCAAAGGAAGUCAAGGCCCUGUUUCCGGAUCAAUUGGACAUGGUUACCUUUCAAUGGACAGUGGAAUCGGAGACGUUUCCGGUGUUCACGAAGCUCAUUCAUUUCGACGAGUACCUUGAAAAGGUCCUGGUUGGGUUAGUGGUCAGUGUGGGUGGUCUCACUGAGAGACUUGUGAAACAUUCGAGUGCAGCCUUAUUCAAGGAACUGGACACCAUGGACGGAACGGCUCUGAAUCGAUUUGCUCAGGCCACUUUAACCGUUCUGAGGGACAACCACAAGGUUGACCGAGUCACCAUUCCAGUGUUGAAGUUUCUGGACCAACUUCUCACCACAAGUCACUUCGAAGCGAUUCUCGAAGAUGAAACGCACACGUUCUCUUUCGAGUUGCUGACCCUGGUCAAGAACGAAAUAUCUAAAUCUGGUGAUCCGCAGAAACUUAUGCUUAGCUGUGAUGUGAUUUGUGCCUUACUCCAAUCCCACGACGAACUCACGGUCAAGAAAAGCUUGGUCCAAUUGGCCAUUUUCUUGUGCCACAAGUUCCCGAGGAUUCGGAAAGUUACGGCUAAUAAACUGUUUGAAGCUCUAUUGACCUUUGCCGACCGCACAAUUGUUCCCGAGGAGAACUUGGAUGAGGUCAACACGCUUUUGAGCGACACGGAUUGGGAUCAAAGCAUCGAUAACCUCCGUCCCAUCCGAAAUAAGUUGUGAGACUUGAUGGGAGUGCCUGCUCCUGCCAUCAUCAAAAAAGUGAUGUAAACUCGGAAUACUCGUUUUACCCGUUUUACCCAAUGGAAGGUCUCAUACAAAUCUCAUUCCCUCAUUCAUUACGUGAGCAAUUGACAAUAAAGGUCUUUUUAUUCAUUGUUCCCAGA